UCUGUUUGUUUUCCCUUCAGAAAGUGUAAGAGAAAACACAAUUUAGUCAUAGUUUUCGUAAUUGUCAGAAUGAAAAAAUGUAUCAAAUUAAUCUGAUCAAUUUUUAGUUCGUGCAGAAUACAAUAAAAGUGGUAUUAAUGAAAGAUUUUGGUCUCAUAAAUCGUUAAAGGAAAAAUGAGGUUAGGAUCACAUUUGGAUAGUUUUUUAAUUUAAUCCUUGCGUCCUUCUAAUAUCAUCCUUAAAUUAAUGUCACUUUUUUGUAUCCAGCACAAAUAGACUGUUGAACAGAUUAAAUUGGUACAAUUUUUUUUUACUCUGAAAUGUACGAAAAACAUGAAUAAACCAUGUUUUUGUUGCAUUUGCUGAGGUAAAAACCGGGGAAACAAACCGAACUUCUUUUAAACGAGUAGUAUGUCGAAAUUCCAAAUGCAAUUUUGAGGUUAAAAGUAUACCAGUGCAUAUUUUGUUGUAUUUUUAUAAAGAAAAUAAUUUAAAAUACAUGAUGAAUUCGCCAUUUCAAGGAGGGUAUGAUACCCCAACUUCUCCUCUUUCUAUAGACCCCGAAGAAGUUAAAAUUCAACUCACCGCAGAAGAAUUGAGAUUACUGAAGGAAUGUAACAAUGAAGGAAUUGUAAAGAGAGCUCUACCUUUGGGAGUGGCUUUCGGAUUUGUUUCGCACUUUGUAUCAAAACAAAAAGGCAUAUUGAACCAUCCAAAAUUUGGAACCAUACCACUUGUUCUGGCAUCAGGAUUUGCUGGAUAUUUUUCGGGUAGAUUGUCCUACUUCCCAGUAUGUUAUGAAAGAUUAAUGCAAGUUCCUGAUGGCAUAGUUCGCCAGAGAGCUCUAAACCGACAAGGGCCAGGAAGUCUGGCUCCUUAUAUUGGUCAGGUUCCGGUUCAGGUGGAUCCCAGAGCUGCAUAUUCUCAAAGCAGACCAACUGACAUCGAUGUACAAACUAUGAGCAAUUUUGACACCAUGCCUAGUAAUCUCGACAGUGAUACACCACCCCUGCCGCCUAUUGGUUCAUUGGGCUCGGACACCCCUCGACCGUAUACGUCAUAUGAAGAGUUGAGAGAGAGAAAUCGUAGAGAAUAUAUGGAAAAAAUGCAAAGACCAGGAUUUCCAGUACAGCCAGGAUAUGCCCCAGUUCAACCUGGAUAUCCUCCAAGUCAACCAGGGUACCCUCCAGGCCAAUCUGGAUAUCCUCCAUCACAACCAGUAUAUCCAGACGACCAAAUGUUGCCUCCUAGUCAACCACAAAUUCAUCCAGGGCAACCAACCUACCAAAGGAGAGGCUUUCCUGUCCAACCUGCUGAUCCAGAAUUGGUACCAAAUCAACGACCAGGAGCGCGAAGAGUUAAGAAUAAAUAUGGUGACGAGUGGGAGUAAUAAUUUAUAAACUGCGUCUGUGAGGUAAUGUGCUUGAUAGAAAUCAUGAUUAAUUCAUUGUAUAAAUAAUAUUAAAUUUUAUCUUGUAAUUUUACGCAAAUUGAAUGAAAUUUUAAUAAAUAUAUUCAGAUAAAA